GUUGAAUAUUUAAAUCACCGGUAAUUAAAACUUUCUUAAAUAACUAGGAGCGGAUUGUUUGUGCUUGAGCAAUGUGAACAUCCACUGAUGUCGCAGAGCAGAAGACUCUGAUGCCGGUUUAACACACCUUGCACACAACAGAAACGGAAAUGUUGGGCAGUAAAUUGGUAGUAAGUCUUACAAGGCAGAAGACGGACGACUUUGUUCCAUCAGACACUCCUUUGAAGAGAUGUAUGACUCUAUUCGACCUGACAGCGCUAGGAAUCGGUUCUUUGGUAGACGCAGGGCUGUAUGUUGUCAUAGGCCAAGUUGCGCAUUCCGUGGCAGGUCCAGCGAUCGUUCUGUCGUUUGUCAUAGCCGCUGUAGCAUCUCUACUGGCUGGUCUUUGUUAUGCUGAGUUCGCAUCGAGGGUGAACCGAGCUGGAUCAGGCUACAUCUACACUUAUGUAGCCAUUGGUGAAAUCUGGGCGUUUAUAACGGGCUGGUGCAUGAUCACGGAGUUUGUUUUGUCCGCUGCAUCUCUAGCAUCUGCGUGCAGCCAGUACAUCAACUUUUUAUUCAAUGGUUCGGUCUACAACUUCUUUAAGGAAGAAUUCGGCGUCUGGAAUGAACCAGUCUUAGCACAUUAUCCCGAUCUGCUGGCCUUCGGUUUGGUUUUCGUUGUAACCAUCAUAGUUUGCCUUGGCGUGAAAGAGACCAAGCUAGCAGUGGAUAUUACCGUUUUGUGCAAUCUACUAGUAGUCUUGUUUAUCAUUUUCGCCGGUGCAUACUACUCUGAUGCGAGUAACUGGUCGAGUUUAGAGAAGUUUGCACCCUACGGAUGGACAGGCAUACUUACAGCUGCUUCAAAAUGCUUCUAUUGCUUUACAGGAUUCGAUACUAUACCCAGUGCUAGCGAAGAGGCCAUUAACCCAACAGUAUCAGUCUCACUAGCGAUUCUACUAUCAUUAGGAAUAAGCUUGCUGGCCUAUAUAGGUGUAAUAGUAGUAUUGACAAUGAUGGUUCCAUAUUACGAACUCAAAGACCUCGCACCCAUUGCUGAGGCUUUCGCAGUGCGGGGUUUUAAAGCUUCAAAGUACAUCGUGUCAGUUGGGGCCCUGUGUUCAAUGCUGAGCAGUUUAUUGGCUGCUUGCUUUGCAGCUCCUCGUCUUAUUUACGCCUUGGCCUAUGAUGGUCUUCUAUUCAGCUGUUUCACCACGAUCGACAAGGAAAAGAGGACGCCGUUACGUGCCGUGGUGGUUAGCGGAGCGUUGAGCGCAAUCUUGGCGUUCCUGUUCGACAUGAGCCAACUGGUGGAAAUGGUAUCCAUCACGACCAUUACAACUUAUACCAUGGUGUCAAUAUCAGUGAUACUCACACGCUAUCGACCCUCCUUAGACUCUGUACUUAAUGAAGAACAAAGCAAACAACGAACGCAAUCAUGGCUCAGAAAAUUCUUUUCAAAGCCUACGAAAGGAGCAGGUCAUAGCUAUGAGAAACUUUCCCGCGAAAAUGAUAGCGUGACGACAACAUGUCACGCUCAUCCCACUGAAUACACCAGCACUAUUGCGAACGUCACGGUCACGAUCAUGCUGCUGUCCAUGUUCGCUCUUUGCGUUUCGCUGAAAACCUGGAUGAUCAGCAGCGACAAUAUGAACACCAUGACAUUGUUUGCAGUGUCACUGUACGCCAUUGUUACCGUAGCAUGUCUGGUUGUUUUAGGGCUGCAGCCGCAAAAUGGCGCGUCUUUUCCGUUCAUGGUUCCUUGGGUACCGCUUCUUCCUGCCAUCAGCAUAUUCAUAAAUAUGCUACUCUUAACACUUCUUCGCCCAUUCACUUACGUGCGGUUCGCUCUUUGGGUAACAGUUGGUAAGAUAUCUAAACUAUACAUGAUACAUCAAUCUACUAUGCAACAAAUGAUUUAUUCCCUUUGAUCAUUCUUAUUUCUUCUUUCUCUGCUAAAGUGCAUAUUUAACUCAAUGCAAGCCUCGACAGCUGGUACUAGGUUAUUAGCUAAAAAUAAUAAUGAUAAAUAAUUACAGUUUUUGGAACGCAUUAUGCAUUGCCUCAAUGCGUUUACAGAAAUAAAAAUCUAUCAUGGCCUAAGAUUACAAUCAAUAGACCAAAAAAAAUUCGAAAUGCUAUAAUGCUAUAGAAAUAUGCUAUAAGAAUGUGUCCUGAAAGAGAUGGCUUUUAAAAGAAUCUAAGGAAAUCGUUGUUUUAAUAUUUACUGGCAGGUUUUUCCAAAGUUUGAGUGCAGCAAUUUAGUAUAAAUCCUUGGCAAAACAUUUCUUUGAUGCUUGCCGGCCGGCCGCCCAAAUUUCCAGUCACACCCAGAAAUUUUGACAUAAACACAAGGCAAGGAAAAGAAAAAGAUAAAUACAAACUUCACAGACGCGUAACAAUACGCUUCCAGAACAAAUCAAUGAUGCAUUAAAAUGGAGACCUUGAGACGCCACCAGGUCAAGAAUAGUGUUUACAAUGGAAAGAAAACAAUUUGAAUGCUUUUAUAAACCACAAGCGUCAAUUUAGCCUGUCGAAGUCAUAUAAAUAGCGUAAAGGUUACUCUUAUCAAUCAAAACAAUCAGCUCUAAUGCUAAUUUUUUAAAAACACUGUUUGACGAAAAUAAAUGAAAGAUAUUUUACAAUUGACCCAGUCAGGCGGAAAAAACAAUUGAGAAACAAGUUGCAGCAAAGAUCUGCACUUUGCAUGCAUAAAUCAUUUCAGUCACAUUUCAAAAUACGUAUGAACAGUUUUCAUUUUAGAAGAACAAUUUAUUAAAAAGAGGUUCCAGAAACCUCACACUGAGAUGAACGAAUAUUGCAGCGGAGAGGAGAGAUGGCAAUCCAGGAGGUGGAAGAUUGGUGUAGGACUAGGAAAAUUGACAAAAAACAUGUAAAGGUUUGGAAUAAAAAGCCAUUAGGUUCAGCUCCUAUCAUACAACACAAAAAGUGGCCAGGCCAAAGAGUACGGGAAACCCCAACAUUUUACGUCGUAAAAUAUUAAAAACGAAGUUUAAAACGAAGUAACUCAAUACUAACUGAAGAAGAGAAUUUUUACUCGAAGGUCACUUUGUUGCGGGGUUUUGUCAUUAGACUCGACAGCUGGAAAUAACUUUCAUGUUUUUAUCAUUAACUUUAGAAGCAAUAUUCAACUAUAGUCUUUCUCACUGUGUUUCCAAUUUUUCCUUUGUUUCCUUGCAGGAAUGUUUGUUUAUUUCCUCUAUGGAUAUCACAAUAGUAUUGAAGGAAAGAAGCCCAAGAACAUAGAACUGGAACUUGAGCCAGUCCCUGGAAUACCAGUCUUUGAAACAAAUGCCAACCUGCCCAUGAAGCCACGAUAA